AUGGCAAUGGAUAAUGUGUGGGACAUUGUCAUUACGACCACGACUGCCAUAGUCAUUGCUCUCAGGAUCAAACAGCAUCCUGUUACCAUGGAAAGUGUCAUUGUUCAGACCAUACAAAUACCACCACUCCGUCCAGUAGGUCCGAUCAUUGUCUACAUACUUCUGAUUGUAAUGACUGUCCUGGUCAUCUGGUUCCUCAUUGUUUUAACUACCGCUGUGCAUGUACAGAACAACCAGCGUUACCGACGAAAUAUUGUAACCAACACUCUGACUGUUCCAGUUGUUCUGAACAUCACGUGGGAUUUUGUAGCGACCACAAAUGUACAUGUACAGCGUCGACACUUGCCACUAUCAGCCACUGCAAUGACAAUUCUGACUGCACCACUUGUUCUGACUAUCAGAUUGGACAGUGCAUCCACCACCAAUGUAACUGCUCUG